AUGGGCUAUAGAGAGCAUCCACCCACAGUUUUCCUCCACACAGCAUGUUGCAAACGAUUUCACUUCGAAACUAGUCUGACACGCCUUAAUAGGGCUAUUUCAUUCGGGGCACGCAUAAGUUUGCUCAGUAUACCUGGUCCUUCACG